AUGAGAUUCUCUGUAGGGACGACUGCUUCAGAUAAAGAUGAGACAGAGCAAUUUGGUGAGUGGUUAUUAAAAGUUGGUGAUGGUUUAAUAGGUGACAAUAUGGAUGGUGAAUCUGAGAUAUGUCUUCCAGGAGAUAUUGUUAUUCCUUCUUCGGACCAGGCAUUUGACGAGUUGUUUCAUUUUUCUUAUCCAAAUAUUUUGGAAAAUAUGUCCUCAAAGAAUUUUUUCAAAGCAAGAACUAUACUGGCUCCCACACUAGACAUCGUUGAAGAGGUCAGCAACCAUCUGAUGGCUAUCAUUCCUGGAGGAAAAAAAUUAUAUCUUAGUUCGGAUUCUAUUUGUAUGGAUGAAGAGAAUAUGGAGAGUCAACUAGAUCCCUAUGGUCCUGAAUUACUGAAUAGCAUAAAUUGCUCUGUGGUCUUUGUAAUGGUACAAGGGUACAAGUUAGCUAGGAAGCUUGGAAAUCAUGUCAUAGAAUGUGAAGUCUUAACGGGUGACAAUGUUGGUCAUAUUGCUUUGAUUCCAAGAAUGAAUAUGGUACCAACAAAUGAAACCGUCCCAACAGGAAUACAGGCAAUUAACAUUAAUAAAGCAGAUAAGAAACGAUCGAAUAAUGUUCAAAGGAGACGUGUUCACGUGUGCGACUUCUAUUGCUGA